AUGAAGUGCUCAAUUUUCCACAUCAGCCUGUUUUUCACCCUAUUUUUGAUCUAUUUUCUACUAUUCAAAACUUUCAUUUUCCAAAAAAUCGAACAGAAAUCGAGAUUUGGAAUACUUCAAAAUUGGCUGGAUUGCGCUCAAAAAUCAUUCAACUUCAAUGAAAAACCCCAAGAUUUUUGGAAUUCCACAACUAAAAAAAUCGAUUUUUGCGGAAAAGUCUUCGAAACCCUGGAGAUUCGCGGUUUCAACAAUACCGACGAGCAAAAAUUCGCAAUCCUCCCCAAAAACCGCCUGAAUCCUAUCGAUUCGCCAGAUGUUUUAUUGAGUUUGGGAAUCGGGAAAGACAUCAAGGCGGAGAAGAAGCUAAAGUUGGCCUAUGGUCCGAAUCCCAUUCAAUUUUAUGGGGCCGAUCCGAUGUUUAUGGAUAAUUAUGAGAUUUAUCGGGAGAUUGGCUCGUAUUUUCCACUUGCCAUAAGUUCGACGGAUGGAUUUUUUGAUGCUGGUGUUCUGGUUGGAAGUGAGUGACUGAGCCUAAGCCUAGAAGAUGCUAAGCCUAAGCCUAGAAGAGGCCAAGUCUAAGCCUAGAAAGGGCUAAGCCUAAGCCUAGAAAAGGCUAAGCCUAAGCCUAAGCCUGGAGGGGCUAAGCCUAAGACUAAGCCUAAACCUGGAAGGGGCUAAGCCUAAGCCUGGAAGAAGCUAAGCCUAAGCCUAAGCCUAAGGUUGGAAGGAGUUAAGCCUAAGCCUAAGCCUAGGGCUGGAAGGAGCUAAGCCUAGGGCUGGAAGAAGCUAAGCCUAAGCCUAAGGCUGGAAGGAAUUAAGCCUAAGCCUAAGCCUAAGCCUAAGAAGCCUAAUAAAUCUACCAAAGCCCUCCCCCCUCAAAUCUCUCAAAUUUUCCAGAAGUUUACCGUAACCUCCGAGUCUACCACAUCAAUUUCCUCCACUUCAUCAAAAACAUCCUCAACCUCAAAAUCAUCGAUCAUCUCUGGAUGGACAAUGAAUAUUCCGAAUACGGUCUCUUCCCGUAUUUCUACAAAAAUGGCAUUUUGGACCAAGAAGGCAUCACAGUAUGUCAAUUGAAUAUGGAAGUCCACAACGCAACGCUGGCUCAGAAAUCGGAGUUUAAAGGAUUUGUGAGACGAAUCAUUGAUGAUCAGAAAUAUGCGAUUGUGAAUAAUUAUUUCGAGGGAAUUCACUAUCGAUUGUUUUUGGUGAAUUUGGAUAGCGAUUAUUGUUUGUACAAGUUUUUCUAUCAAUUAUAA